UCGGUGCAGAUUGGCAGAUUGGCUGACGUAGGUGGUGAAAAUAACGGGGAAUUUUCUCUCGAGAUGCAGUUGCCCACUUUGCGCCUGAGUCACCGUGAACCCCUCCAACCACGGACCGACGACCCCUCUAUUUUUUUCCCUCUUUCUCGCAGCACUCAUCUUAUCAUUGUAGUCUGUGUCCACUUCCUCGUUCCAGCGACGGAAACGGCCGACAAGGUACUCUGAAAAUCGUCAUCCAUACCACGUGAAUGAAGCGUGUCAUCGCGUUAAGGAACGCGACAAGGGCUGUUAGACCACAACCACAACCACGGACUCCACUCCAAACUGCGACUGUCAGGUUAUCCUUCAAGCCGUCGCUCCCAGUCUACCGCGCUUCAAAGCAAUUCAGCACAUCUAUCACGAGGCGCAACACUGACUCGGACGUCAUGGCUCCCAAGGGCGGUUUCGAGCUCAAGACGCCGAAGGGCACGAGGGAUUGGGACGGCAAGCACAUGGUUCUGCGGGAGCAGAUCUUCGACACGAUCCGCGAGGUCUUCAAGCGCCACGGCGGCGUCACGAUCGACACACCCGUAUUCGAGCUCAAGGAGAUCCUGGCUGGCAAGUAUGGCGAGGACUCGAAACUGAUCUACGACCUGGCGGACCAGGGCGGAGAGCUGUGCUCCCUGCGCUACGACCUGACGGUGCCGUUCGCGCGCUUCGUCGCGCAGAAGAACAUCCAGCAGAUCAAGCGGUACCACAUCGCCAAGGUCUACAGGAGGGACCAGCCGGCGGUGUCCAAGGGUCGGAUGAGGGAGUUUUACCAGUGCGACUUCGACAUUGCCGGCGCGUACGACCCCAUGCUGCCCGACGCCGAGAUCAUCAAGAUCGUCAGCGAGGUCUUCGAGGCCCUGGGCUGGGACGGGAGGUACACGAUCAAGACGAACCACCGCAAGAUCCUCGACGGCAUCUUCCAGGUGUGCGGCGUGCCCGAGGACAAGAUCCGGACCAUCUCGUCUGCCGUGGACAAGUUGGAUAAGAUGCCGUGGGCGGACGUCAAGAAGGAGAUGGUCAACGAGAAGGGACUCGACGAGGCGGUCGCGGACAAGAUUGGAGUCUGGGUGCAGCUCAAGGGCGGCAAGGACCUCCUGGAGAAGCUGCAGCAGGACGAGUCACUGUCGGCAAACGAGUCGAUGAAGCAAGGCAUGGCCGACAUGCAGUUGUUGUUCGACUACCUGGAGUGCUUUGACGCCACGAAGGCCGUGUCCUUUGAUCUGAGCCUUGCAAGAGGGCUGGACUACUACACAGGCAUCAUCUACGAAGUUGUCACCGAGGGCUCAGCACCGGCCGCCCCAGCAGGGAGCGGCGCAGCUACCGCCAAGUCCAAGCCCAAGAAGAAGGGCAAGGCGUCGGAGGAUGACGACCGCUCAGAUGACCCCACACUCGGCGUCGGCAGUGUGGCUGCCGGUGGCAGGUACGACAACCUGGUCGGCAUGUUCUCGGGCAAGGGCCAGAUCCCAUGCGUGGGCAUCUCGUUUGGCGUGGACCGCAUCUUCUCCAUCGAGGCAGCGCGCAUGGCCGCAGAGCAGGGCAGGGAGCCCAGGAACAAUGAGACGGACGUCUACGUAAUGGCGUUCGGCGGCAAAGGGUUCGACGGCAUGGUCAAGGACCGCAUGAGGAUAUGCAACCAACUCUGGUCCGCCGGUAUCAAGGCAGAGUUCCUGUACAAGAACAAGCCGAAGCUGCAAAAUCAGUUCAAGGCUGCCGAGAACAACGGCGUCCCAUUCGCAGUAAUCCUGGGCGAGGAAGAGCUGGCAAAUGGCCAAGUCAAGCUCAAGCAAAUGGGACUGGACGACGGCCACCCGGAGAAAGAGGGCAUCCUUGUGGCCAUCCCGAACCUCGUGAGCGAGGUUCACAGACGGCUGGAGCAGCUCCGCAAGCUCGAGGAGAUGACGGUCUCCGCGUCAGGAUUGCGUGUCGUGGACGGCAUCAAGGGCGAAUCAGUCGUCACGGGGGAUGCUGGUCCUGCGACUACAAAUCCGGAUCCGGCCGCUGCUGAGCCGCCCGCGGCGGUGGACCCGAAGCCCGAGUCAGCGUCUUGAUUUUUGACGUGCAGAUAGGCAGUUGUGGCUGCAGGUGUCUUUCUCUCCCCCUCUUGCAUAGACCGAACCAUGAUCGGCAUACCCGGCUUUCUGGUACCGGCCGAGUUAGACGAAGGGGCAAUGAGCCGAGACUGCAGGCGUUAUUUCUGGUAACCCGUGCAGACUCGGAAUAGAAUAGAUUACGGUCGCCAGCUUUUUCUUUUGUGAGAUGUGCCGAGUGUCGGUGAAGAGCGCAAAAAAAGAAAGGCACCACACGUACUGCAAUAUCCGAAAAACAGCCUGCGCCCGCAGGCUCGGUGUGGAUGUGGAGCCGCCUGGGGCCGGAACCUAGAAGAACAGAGUGGUGGUUCAGCACUCCGCCGCAGGAGGGACGAGGACGAGGGGUGGUGGGAAAAAAAAUCAACAGCAGCUCCACGUCCCGCCCGUGCUGGGCUGUGGCCCUGUGGGUGCCCGGCGCCGACCGGGCUUGCGCAAUCGAGCUUGUUUACUGUGUGGGAGGCUUGGACCUUGGGACCUUGAGGGACGAGAUACGAGGUGGUAGUCCGAAGUCACAUAAUAUAACAGAGCAUGUACAUACACGUGUAGAAUGCGACAUUUGCAAUAUACGGAGUACACGUGUACAGGCCACUGCUGCUCAGAGGCAGACCCUAUCCCGGGAAUGCCACGAGAGUCGGCGGUGGAGAAAUGAAGACUCCAUGGGGGAAAAGUAUAUUUAGAUCUCCCUUCA